AUGCCCCAACCAUCAACCCUUGCCCCCUACUAUGUCAACUCUCCCCUGUCGCCGUCAAACUGGCCAUGCCCUGCGCCUGAACCACCAUGGCUUGCAUCCCUGCGCCCCAACCGGACACCAACUACUGUCACCGCCCAUCCCUACGUCUCCCUCAUCCACUGUGCCAAAUCCAUUCACAAGUCCCAUGCGCGUGCCCGGACACCGACACCCUCGCUUGCAGUCGAAAUGGCCGAUCAGGCAAAGGCCAAGUCAAUCACUCAGGCCGCCUGGGGUUUCGUCAAUGACUCCUUGAUGUCCCCCUUGUGUCUCGUUGCCAGACCCAAGCUCAUCGCUGCCGCCGCCUUCCUCCUCGCCGUCUCCCAUCGUCUCUCCGAAUCUCCUGCCUCAGAUUGGGAGCAACAGGCGGAUCCGAAGCUUGAGCAUGUCAUUCGCGAGUACCUGUCCGUCGACGAGGACGGUAACGAACGGGCUGGGCCGAUCAGUGAUUCUUCAAACACCCGCGCCAUCGUCGGAUCCGCCGUCCUGAAGGCCCUCUUCGACUCCUGGAUCUAUUGUGAGGAAGGGAUAGAGGUGCUCCAGCUGCUCAAGCCCUAUCUGGAUCGGCUCCAGGACGCGGUCGAAUGGAGCGAACGCGGCUACAGCCCGGGCUUCCCCUUUGCAAGCGAGUCAAGCCCGGGCGACUGGCACAUCUGUGGCAACGUCCUGCGCCUCGCCGUCCCGCUUGGCCUCUGCACCGUUGACCAAUAA